GAUGCACGUGGAAAUUCCCCGAAUCCGGAAACAAUGGGAGAAAAAUACUUGGCUGGCAACAAAAGGAUGCUUUACAUAAAUAGCAGCCUAGUUCAACUUCUCAGGAUCACUCGCAUCCGGCUUUUACUCUCACUCUCACCUAUAGCCGUAAUAUGGUUUCUGUCGACCCUGCGCUCGAAGUUAUAUCUCAGGACAAACCCAACACCUCAGAUGAAGCAUCCGCUGAAAUGUCCGCCGAAGAACUCGAGAGCAAGACUGAGGUACAAUGCGAACACUACCUUCAACGCCACCUGCUCCUCAAGGGCUAUGAAUGGGUUCCUUACGAUCCAAGCACCUACGUAAGGCCCAAGACGGAACGAGAGGACCUGGACAAUUACUUCUAUGUGAACUUCAGAUAUGAUAGGAAAGGAGCUGAUCCUUCCCUCAUCUUGUCACAUUGGAGCAAAACACUUCUCUCGGUUCUAAGAAAGCUUUGUGGAAGCGAAUUUUUCAGUAAAGAUCCCAAGUACAAAGUCGUAGCGUUCUUCCCGAACCUGAAGAUGCUCAGAGAGAAAUUGGAUCAUGCAAAGUCCGUCUUGUCCUCGGAAGUAAAUUAUACAAAAGAAGACGUUCUGGAACUUUUGAAGAGCCUGGGUACCAGCGAUUUGGACGAGAAAGUUCUCCAAUCCGAUGCUCUACUGCGAGUGGCUGAUAUCACUGAACAUCUUGGCGUGUUGGUGGGGUAUCUCGAGGAACAAUUCCGGCCAACGGCUCUCCGGUUAGAGUUAGUCACGAGCUACGGACACAUCGAAUACAACCUGCUCCAAUAUUUCUUUGAACCCGGACAGCAUGUCUCCGCAGUGGACUCUGAUGGUCUACCGGUUUCUUUUGUGAUCAAAAAGAGACGUUACGAGAGUGUAAAUAACCAGCGUUACCUCUGCGUUUCGGGAUAUGGAUUGUAUUGGGACGGAUAUGGCUAUGAGCAUAGAAAAUUAGAGGGUAAGAUCCCCGAGUUUGAGGGAACGGAAGAAGCUUCCUCUCUUCCAAUUGUCCAUCUCACUCCGUUGCUGAAGGAGAAGCUGAUUAAGAGAGGUCGCCUUUACGCCAGUUAUUCAGGGCUGCACUAUAAAUUAUAUAAGGGGAAAAGAGUCAUCGUCGAUGUAGUUGCCUUCAACCAUAAGUCAGGCUACAUACGCGAUCCUAAUCAAAAAAUUCCUGAGAUUGAUGAAGAGGAGCUGCACCUCCUUCCUACCAAAGUAUACGGAUUUAAUUUGGCAACAAAAGUUUGGACUAGCUUUUUCGUCGAGCACCUAGAACCAGUCACGUUCGAUGAGAAUGCCUGGGAUCAUCUGGUCCUUGACGAAGAUGUUAAAACUCUCAUCAAAGGACUUGUCGACGUGACAAAGAAUUCCAACUCUUCCUCCAAAAUUAUCAGCGAUGUUAUAUCCGGUAAAGGAGGUGGAUUAAUUUCCGUCCUCCAUGGUCCGCCCGGAACGGGAAAGACACUAACGGCGGAGGCCGUUGCUGAGCUUCUCCGUCGUCCAUUAUACAUGGUAGGAUCUUCUGAGCUUCCAUCAUCACCAUCUGGUCUGGAACGUAGCCUUGAGAGUAUUCUGAGCUUGGCUACAGCCUGGGAUGCUGUCCUUUUGAUUGAUGAAGCUGAUGUUUAUCUGGAACAGCGGAGCCUUCAUGAACUGGAACGGAAUGCUCUCGUCUCUGUUGCACUUCGUGUUCUCGAGUAUCAUCGCGGCGUACUUUUCUUGACAACAAAUCGUAUCAGCUCAUUUGAUGAAGCGUUUCUUUCCCGGUUCUCGAUCGCUAUAAAGUACCGUGAAUUAGACUGCGCAGGAAGAUAUGUUGUCUGGCGCAAAUUCUUUGAAAUGGCUGGAUCAACCAUCAUUGAAGAUGAGGUAGUUUCUGUAGCGGAGGGUUCCAGCAACGUCUCUCGAGUUGACCUCGAAACAUUGGCCCAGAAGAACUUCAAUGGUCGAACCAUUAAAAAUAUUAUCCGAACAGCUCAAGCUUUGGCACUCUCAUACAAACAGCCGCUUGGUAUCACUCAUGUUCAAGUCGUACUGCGAGCCCAAGAAAAAUUCCUGGACGAAUUUUCGACUAUGGACAGGCCAAUUAAGCUGUAGUCUGAAUCUGGCAAACAGAUUUUGCUCGUAUCACUGGAUAUAUUUCUCUUUCCGAUAUUUCCCUCACAUUGGACGAUAGAGGGUGUAC